AUACUUUGUCAACCUCCAAGGGUAAAGAUAUAGACGUGUUAUUGCUUCACGAGAGAUAUACUCACAGAAGACGGACCCUACUUUGAACAAACAAGAAGCUGAAAAGAGGAGAGACGGCUUUUGUUGUCAUCUAUCUUUCUAAAGAUGGGUUUUAUUAUCUAAUUUAUCUUGCUUAUGAUCAGGCAGGGCUACACAUACCUACCUUACCGACCUACAUGUACAUACAUUAAUACAGGAUAUUCUACCGUGCGACAGGUGUAACAACGAGUUGUGUUUUCUGUGAUUUAAAAACAAUUUGUGAAAAUGUCAUUGUUUUCUGGAGGCAGAUCUAAAGAAAAGGACUUAUUUGGAAACAAAAAAUGUCAGUUUUAUGUGGAAUUUCUUGGCUGGAUGGAAUGUCGUGGAUUGCGAGGAGAUCAAUACACCGAUCCGGUUAUAAGAGAGUUAAGAAAGCGCCAGCAACAACUUGACAAUCCGCCGAAACUUACCAUACAAGUAAGUAAAAAGGAACUUAAAAUUUCUCAGGAAACUGGUGAUCCGAAGAAAAAAGGUGUUAAAAAAAUUAAAUUUCCCACCAUUCCAGCGGCAGAUGUCACAUAUGCGACGCAGAGUAGACGUCGUGAUGGGCGACUGGACGAUAUCGUUGCUUGUAUAUAUCUUGGUUUUAUGCCGCGAACGCAACGUUACGUUCACGUUCAUGUUUACAGAUUCGACGGACCUGAAACGGCAGCUACGUUUGUUAAUAUAGUAUCGGAGAUUGUGGCCUCAAAUACACAGCGGAUUUAUGACGAAGAAAUAAAACUUUCGAACUGGGGUGAGAUCGACGAUCCACAAGAUAUGCCAGUGUCUGAAUUUCGAGGGAGCAACUCUGGAACAGGAUCCAACGAUAGCAACUACAGUGGUGAUGACUCUUCUGUGUUCGGUAGUGCCGAAAUGGAUUCGGAUUUACAAAGUUUAAAAGACGUUAAAUUAUACGACUCUGUGGCGGAUGAAUUGCGUUCCCGACUCGGUAUUGCGACAGAAACGAAAGAAUCCGGUCCCAUACUUCUCCCACCGAAAGAUUACGACACAAUUAGUCGAGCGCAUGGUAAUAUUCUAGAAACGGAGAAACGUAGAGGUCUUUUGCAUUUGAAUGUAUCAGGGAUCCCAGAAGUCAGCACGGAUAAAGACCCACGACAACCAUCAAAAUUGAGAAAUUCCUCAGGAGAAAGUGGAAUAGAUCUUCACUCGCCUAGCAGUUCUGAACAUAGCAGUAAGUCGUCGGGUAUCAGUGGUCCAUCCACACCAUCCAAUCCAACUUAUGGGGAAUUUGCUUAUCCUUCACGUAAUCCGAACCUCCGGAAAGAUGAUUACAGUUUUGCCAAUUCCCACCAACCCGUAGGUCUAAGAGUAAGCGAUCCUAUUUACGGCAAUUACCAGAAUGAUGCAAUGAGACAUAGUCCACGCCCUCGAGUUAACGACAUAAGAAAAGAUAUCUACAUCAGUAGUCCCCCAGAAGAUUAUGAAAGUUCUCCCGAUUUCGUGGAAUUGCGUCACCCGGAAUCCCGAUAUAAGAACCCUAUACGGUACUCUGGAGAACCUUUGAAUAGGGAUCCGGUUUAUUUUAGCAACCGUAGACCAAAUACUACCGAUUCUCCUAUACAGGUUCGGCGUUCCCAGGAACCAAAAUUGGACUUUUACGAAUCUCGACCAGACGCUUAUGGUGUACGCCGUGUAAAUUCUAUGUACAGAUAAUUUAUGUUUUUUGUGUUAUUAAUGGACUAUAUAAAAACCAAAAAAUGAUAUAUCAACCAAAACCUCAACAUGCAGUGUUCCAUGUUUAUACAAGUGUUACCAUUAUUAUGAAUCAAACUUUGAAGUAGCCUAAUCUUAAAGUAAUCGAUUAAUCGAUUUCUAUAGAUUAACUUUUAGCAAGGAUACUGUUAUGUAACUGUAAAACAGACUAGACUUAAUUGUACCACAGGGCAUGAACUGUGCUAAUUAGGAAGGAAAUGUGAGGAAUAUGUAAUUAGGUCCUACAUAAUAUGUAUAUAAAACUGUAUCUAUGUACAUAAGACUAUGUGAAAAUCAACAGCGCGUGGCAAAUAAUUAAUGUGUCUCACCAGAACAAUGGUCGUAUUUAAUUUCACGCUAGACCCCGUCUAUAGAAAAACCAUCACAAUAUUCUUCAUACUUUGAGGUAUUAGCGUAUUAGUAAUGCCAGUGUGAUGCGAAUCCACUGAGAGAGGACUUAAAAAUCGCGGAUAUUUAUUUUUUCAAUGGUUUAAUUUCAUGGUCGUCUUUGAUUGACAUAUUAAAAUUCCUCCUCUGGUAAAAAGUUGACAUAGACAUAGUUAUUCAUAAAUAAAACUUCUUUGAAUUAUAAUAUUACAUGACAUUGGAUUCAACCAUUGACAUUUGUGAGUGUCAGAAAAAAACAUAAUAUGUCAAUCUUACGGUUUAUUUUUUGCACGUGCAAUUGACAGUUCGGACAUAUUUUUGUUAGUGCCUGGUGGCCUCUUUAAAAAUAUAGUCCGUAACACGAUUAUGUUUGAUGUUUCGAACGAUUUGUCACCAUUUGAAUUUUCGAUAUACUUAUUAAAAGAAUCCUUUUUUUUUUAGAAGAUUUUAUAAAAAGACGCCCCUACUCUCAGUGUUAAUAUGGGCGGCUUGUUUCAUAAUAUUAUUAUAAAGCUAACGCUACUUACUUUACGACUUAAUAGAACCCGAAAUAGAUUUAUAAUUGAAAAGUUUUUGUAUACAUAAUUUUCGUGAAAAAUAAUUCAAUGGAAAAUGUUCUAUUUAAUAACCAAAAUCUGAAUACAGCAAAAUUAUUUCUUGAAAGGGCUGGGCCGUGCUCUAAACAAAUCUAACAUUUGUUUGAUCUGGUCUUCAUUAUGUGUCGCAUUAACCACCUUAAUUUAGCCGUUAAUAAAACAAAAUGGCGACUUAGAGACCGAACAGACGGCAAAAAAAGUUGUGUUGAUCAUAUUAUAGAUAUAAUACAUUUGUUUAAUUGAAAUGUUUGAUUUUGUUUGUGUUGAUCAUAUUAUAGAUAUAAUACAUUUGUUUAAUUGAAAUGUUUGAUUUAGUUUACAAACGAAAAUGGCGAAAUAAGAGUAAUGGUACAUUUUGUAAAAUGCUAAGGCUAGCUUUGUUUUAUAAUUUCAAAGUUGCUGCUUUUAAAUAGCAGUACAACUUGAAUUCGUCCCUUCGCAUAAAUUUAAGCCCGUUCUUUACAGAUGCACGUGUGUAACUGAAACAGCAUUUUAAUUCUUACUCUCCCUUACU